AUGUUGAAUCCUGAUGGAGUAAUUGUGGGUAAUUACAGAUGCAGUCUAUCAGGCUAAGACUUAAAUAGAUAAUGGAUAUCCCCUAGUGGCAGACUGCAUCCUGAAAUCUAGACUGUUAAACAGAUGAUGAGGAAGACUUUAGAGUCCCGAGCUAUUUAUUUAUUCUGCGAUUUCCACGGGCAUUCGAGAUCAAAGAAUGCUUUUAUGUAUGGAUGCAAUAACAACACAUCAAAAGACAAGAAACUGAAGGAGAAGAUAUUCCCUUUGCUUUUUAGCAAACUAUCAGACAACUUCAGCUUCGAGGGAUGCUCAUUCAACAUUUAGAAGUCGAAGGAGUCUACAGCCAGAGUAGUAGUCUGGAAAGAAUUCCAACUUAUUAACUCCUUUACUUUGGAGUGCUCAUUUUGUGGACCCAAUAAAGGCCUAUAUAAGGACACCCACUUCAACACAUAAAUGAUGCUAGAUUUAGGCACUAAGUUUUGUCAUACAUUGCUGGAUUAUUCUGAGAAAGAUCAGUUCAAGGUUAAAUAAGCUAUGAAGGAGCUAGAGCUGCUUUACAAUAAGUCUUAAUCAAAUAACUUGGCAGGUCCAGCAAACAGUGUGCUUGAUGAUAUUGAAAAGUUCAACAUUCAGCCAAGCAUAUCAGCCAACAAAACAGAUAACUUAGUUAUUAAGUCAGAAUAAAUAAAGAGCACGAACAGUGUCGAUGUCCGCUAGAACUAGCCAAAAACCUCUUACAUAAGGGCUAAGUAUGCUGGGAUCAAGCGAGUGAGAGGCAAAAAUGGCUAGAGUAGCAAGGAUGAUAAUCCUUAAUAGAAUCAGAUGCAGUAAUAAUAAAAUCAAAUGCGAGAAAGCACGCAGCAGAAUACUGGCAGCUUGCUCAGUCAUAAUAUUGCGUAAGCAGGAAUUCUGGCUACUUAGUCAGCAGGCGGAGGUAGGUCGAGGUCGACGACUAACGGUAUGAAUGGGAAUUUCGUAAAGAUUGGUGAGAAAGACACUGUUAAUAGGGAUAAUGAUUGA